UGCUGUUAUACGUAUUAUGCAAAAUUUUAAUCUGACUAAUCAAAUUCAAGAAUUUAACUGCACCGGGUUUGUAUAUUCAUAGAAAUUUGAAUAUAUAAAUGCGCUUUACCUUACUUCCUUUUGACAUUACAAUGCAAGUAUGAGGGCUUUCGGUGAUCUGGCAACAUUUUCCCUGCAACCAAUUAUCCUGACUUUUACAUCCAAACUCCAAUGGAAUGAACCAAUGGGACGAAGAGUUGUAGGCAUGUGCGCUGUGGCCGAGAACAGUUAUAUUGGCCCUAAGGAGGGAGAGGCAACAGCUGUGGGGAUCCAUAGCAACCACAGAUAAACAUGAGUUACUAUAUCAGACCCUCCAGCUCGAGCAGCUUUACCUCCUCCGCCACUGCCAGUUCCCUGAAUGAUGACGGCAAUAGCUUGAGACAGCAGAAGCUGGAGAAACAGGUUUUUCUACAAGAUGUUGGAGCAUAGCUGAGGGGAUUAGUGAUCAUUCAGCUACAAGAGCAUUAUUGAGAUCAGGCACUGAUGUAUGUGUGAGGAGGUCUGGGGAUCCAGAUGAGUCACUGUUCCAAUUCAUCCCAAAGGUGUUGAGUCAGGGCUCUAUAAAGGACACACCUCACAUGGAGCUCAGGGGCAUGUAGAGUACUGCUAGAGCAGAAGCAGAGGCGAAAGCGCCAGGAGCCACUGAUGGUGCAGCCGAACCCAGAAGCUCGGCCACGCCGCUCUCGCCCACGCCGCAGCGAGGAACAGGCUCUACUUGUCGAUUCUAGACUCAGUAUCACAAACGAUGUCAUCUUUGAUGCAGGUAUUGAUGGACCUGCAGCUUUUUUGGCUUCAGAGGCUUCUGAUCUGGGCACAAAGAUCCAAGUGCAGUCAGUCAGCUCAGCACAGAAUCACUCUCCUCCUCUAUCUGAAGAGCCUGAGAGAGAUGGAGACACUGAAACAUUGCUGGAACCCAAAACGGACAUACACACGCUGCUACAAAGACGGGGACUCUCAGACAGCAUGAACUAUGAUGAAGUCAGUGACGACGAUAACGAUGAAGAAGACAGAACCAGUUCUCUUUCCCCUAAUACAGAGUCCACACGUCCUGCCUCCGCGUCUAGCACCAAGUCCAGCACAGAGUGUGUGAAUGUGGCCUCAUCCACAGCAGAAGGCCCCUCCAUUGAGGUGGACAAUCUAGAGGAAUUUGUGCUGAGACCGGCUCCACGUGGCGUUACGGUGAAGUGCCGGAUCACGCGUGAUAAGAAGGGAAUGGACCGUGGCCUGUACCCCACGUACUUCAUGCACCUGGAGAGAGAGGACGGCAAGAAGUUGUUCCUGUUGGCUGGAAGAAAGAGGAAAAAGAGUAAGACCUCCAACUAUCUGAUAUCAGUAGAUGCCACAGAUCUGUCUCGUGAGGGGGAAAGCUUUGUGGGAAAACUGAGGUCGAAUCUGAUGGGAACUAAGUUCACUGUGUAUGAUAAUGGCACAAACCCCAACAAGAACUCUGGAGCUCUGCUGGAAGAGAGCAGCACACGGCAGGAACUAGCAGCUAUCUGCUAUGAAACUAAUGUGCUCGGAUUUAAAGGCCCACGCAAGAUGACCGUCAUCAUCCCUGGCAUGAACAUGAACUUCGAGCGUGUUCCUGUUCGUCCCACAAAUGACCAGGAGUCUUUAUUGAGUAAAUGGCAAAAUCACUCACUGGAGAACCUAAUCGAGCUGCACAAUAAAGCUCCGGUAUGGAACGACGAUACACAGUCCUACGUGCUCAACUUCCAUGGACGGGUCACACAGGCUUCUGUCAAAAACUUUCAGAUCGUCCACGAUAACGAUCCGGACUACAUCGUGAUGCAGUUUGGUCGCGUUGCUGAGGAUGUGUUCACGUUGGACUAUAACUACCCCAUGUGUGCGUUGCAAGCCUUCGCCAUCGGCCUGUCCAGUUUUGACAGCAAACUCGCUUGCGAGUGAUUCAUACUAUUCAAAUUAUUUAUCUGUAACACAUGCCACCACAUACUCACUUGACUCCUUCAUUCAUUCCAUAGCUGGGAGUUUCUUAUUUUUCCUCUUAUUUUUUUUUAAUUUUUUUUUGGUCUCCAGAAACUCGUGUCAGCUCUGAUUACAGUGAAGAAACCUAAAGUAAGAAAAAUACAUAUCUUAAAAAUAAAAACCCUGCAUAAUAAAUAAGAAGAUAUCAGCAAGGUGAGAAAUUUAAAGGAGUAUUUAUUGAAUCAGUUGCAGCAUUAUUCAGAUAACGGGGUCCUUGGUGCUCGAUGUACUCCACAAUCCUCCAGUGAAAAUGUUCUGAUCAUGAGUUCACUAGCAUUUAUUACACGGUCCGUUUGUUUCUUGAUUAUCACCAAAAAAAUGUUUUAGUUGAUUUUUUUAUUUUUUUUAGAGCCAUGAUUUGAAUUGGAAAACAAUCAUGUCACUAUGUUGACACUAUGUAAAAAAAAAAAAAAAAAAAAAGAGAGAAUAGAAAGCAUUUUAUAAGGGAAAGCAUCAUGUUUACCAGCAGAUUGUGUUCUUUUGUGUUGUCAUGUCAGCUCUGUUGUACAGCAGCACUACUUGGCUGUAAAAGGUGCAGUUCAGUUUACAAUUGACCAACGACAAAGGGACGGUUAGCACCGUGUUUGUCGUGUGAAUAGCGUUUGCUACGCUUUAUUUUGCGGUUUUGUGUCUGCGAUGAUGUAUUUUUUUUUACUGUGGUUUUGCAUAUCGCUUAUUGCUUGUGUUAAAAUAUGUGGUAAUGUUGGAGUCUUACUUUAUCUUUUUGAACUCUGUCAUGACUCCCAGCUCCUGUCGCACAUAGAGGAGCGUCAUGUCCCUUGUCCCAUGUCCACCAAUCAGGUUCUUCAAUCAGGUAAACUAGACUACUGUGGUCCCGUUUCUUGAUCAUACAUUUCAAAAAGGCAUACAUUUAUUUUUUUUUUCUUUCUAUACCAUUGUUGAAUAAUUAUUUAUUUUUUAAUAUUUUAAAUUAUGAUGGCUCAAAAUUGUUUUAAUUUUUUAUUAUUUUUUUUUUUCUUGUAAAUACAAGCAUUUAAAUCAGGGCUUCUAAAUUGCAGUGUCUGGAAUAAACGACUCUGCGGACAGAUUCCACAUCCGAAUAUACUGUAAAGGUGCAGAAACUGAUCACAAAUCGAUUCAUUUGACGUAUAUGUUAGUUAAAACACUCAGGAGCACGAGUAGGUUACAAAAUUUUUUCAGGAAUAUCAAAGUUCUUCUGUAAAUGCUCGGAUGAACGAUCAGUGUCUGUACGUCAUUUUAAGGUGAAAGACAACACGGUUGCACAGAAAGGAGAAAAAAAAAGCCAAAGCAAGAAACACAAACAAAUAAAAGGUAAUUUAUUAUAAUCUGUAUGACAAAGGGACUGUUGACUGUGACUAACAGUGACACCGUCACAAGGUCUUAUCGAAUAAUUACAUCAUAUUGAAGUGGUAAAAUCUUCAAACUCUGCUGGGCCCUUGGUUUUCCUUCUGUGUAAUAAUGAACCCCUGGUUUAAGUAAGGCAUCACUCCAGCAGUCCUGGAGGACCACAGUACUGUUUAGUUUAACAUUUUCUUACCUCUGUAUGAACUGUCCAGUUUAUUGCUAAAGCCAUUAUGGAGUGAAUUUAAUGUGGUACGAAGAGACCUGCGAUCAUCCAGGAGCAUGCUUGACGCUCCUGCUUUUAAUGCUUUGGUGUGCCUUGUUGUUUUAUAUCAGUAAAAUGCAGUGAAAUGAUGACUCCCUUAAAAUGGAAACACAAAUGCUAAAAAAAAAAUAAAAUAAAUAAAAUAUUUUGAUCCUGAUAUCUUACACGUCAAUCACAUUUAUCCUCGGUACAGUUAGCGAUCUGCUAAGGUUUGUUUCAGAAAGUAGAUUUUAAAGAGUAAGAGUUAUUUAUUAUCCAUGCAAAUCCACUUUCAUAUAUACAUUUAGUUACGGGGAAAACGGAAUUAAACCCUUUUUAAUUCUGUUUUUAUUUAUCAGGGCUUGAAUAACAAUUGUUUAGUCACCGACUUCUAUAAAUAAACACUAAACUGAACACCAAAGUUUUGGCAGAAGUGUUGCUUGAGUUGACAAAUCAAGACAUGCACAAUUCAACUCGGGAUUUAAGACUGAGUUUGGGACUUGUUUUAAACAACAACAACAACAACGACAAAACUCUUCUGGAGCAGAUCCUGCUUAUUCUGUCUUUUGUGCUCUGUGUAAUAAAACAGCCAACAGUUUACUAGAAAUGUCACAAAGUCUAUCAUUUCAUGUUAAAUUCUGUAGUGCAGUAAUAUUCGCCCCAAUUCUGUUUGGCUUCUGGUGUUUGAACGACACAUUUUUAAAAAUUUGAGGUCUUGUUAUUUGCAG